AUGGAGUGCAUCAACCAAGAGAGCGCGAGCGCACGCUCGGCAACUAACGUGGCCAGCGGUGUAGAUGAACCAGCAGUAGCUGCAGUCCCGUUCUCACCGCUUCAGGUGGAGCUGCAGAGGCCAGACCCACUCUCGAAAUCCCUCUGUGAGACGGUGCAGCGCUCUCAGUCAUCGGCGUCCAACGCCGCUGAAGCCAACGACACCGAUGUCCCGCCCCUCCUUGGCGGCGACCCGGCCGCGGCGCACUCCUCCUCUAUCAUAUCCUCACACGACGCGUCGUUCUACAACAGCCUCAUGGUGAGCCGGGCAGAGAACCUGGAUGCGCUGGAGAGCUGCACGAGUCGCACUGGACGCAACUUGAUUUCACAAUCCGCUGGUGCGGCAGCAGAGAGGUACGCGCAGGAGCAGUCGCCUUCAGCCGAGCUGCGCCUCUCCACACCCAGGCGCCGACUAGCUCCAAACUCUGCGGUUUCGCAAGGCGGUAAAGAGGAGGUUGCACCCAACGUAGAGGCAGAGACCGCCUCACAGCAACACGUCUCAUCCGGUGCUGCGGUGAGGGCAGUGGAGUCAGUCGUGGCAGCAGCAGGCCCCCACAGCGUUGGUGCCGAAGACCACAGCAGCGGCUCGCAGGCGCACGCGCACGAAUGUCUGACGUCGCCAGCAGGCAAUGUGAAAACGCUUGAGGGGCUCCUGGACUGGCGCGCGCACCUUUCCGCUUGGCAGCAGUCUGUGGGAACGCAGGAGAGCCACCAUACAGAUGGCAACAACAACACUGUAAAACACAUGUGCAAUGAUCAGGCAAGCGAGAGGAAUAUGGUUGGACGUGUGAAUCGGAAGGGAGCGCUGGCGUCGGAGGGCUCGCAGGUAUCUUCGCGCUCAGAAUGUCUGCAGGGCUGCCAUGGUGGCUGUCACAGAACUCCAGCAGCCUCAUCGUCCUCUCCCAGCACAGAUGCGAUUACAUCAGCCGAGAGUAACGCUGCUGGUGGGGACACCAUAGCGGUAACCCACAACCCUCAAGGCCAACACAGCCAUCCCCCCAGCGGCGCGGCCAGCCAGACGGAGGUGGUAGAUGCCUUCUUUACCAAGGAGUCCUCGAGCGCCUCCUCUUCGCAUCCUCGCAGUCCGGCGCAGGUGGACGGACACCCCUGGAGCACACAGCUAAGUGCCCAUCUAGAGCAGCACUUCUCUACGGGCGACAAUCUCGCCACACAAGCGCCGCCCACAGCUCACGUCACCAUCAUUGACGGCCGGGUCUUGAGGGAAAGAGGAGGAACGGGCAAAAGCGGUAGACCACGCGGUGCGGGCUCGCCAACGUUGUCGUUGUCGCGGUGUGUGGAAGGCAUAGGAUUGGAGGAUCACCAUCCACCAAACAGCACUGGGCACAGCUCGCCCUACAGUCACUCCGCUCUCCCGCACGGAGUUGAACGCCGGUCAUGGGUGCGUAGUGCUCUGCCACCAUCAGCACCCACACACAUUCUCCUGCACUCCUCGCCGGUAGGCGGCUUUGACGGCUGCCGAAGCCGCGACAACUGUAACAACCCUCACUCCGGAAGCAAUAAGAGCACAAUCGGCAGUGCCGGCAUUCAGCGCCAGCACUCCCGCGAGGCGUCACUCUCGCAAGCAACGCCGCGUACGCCGGAGUCCUGGCGCCACAGAGUGAAGGCGAUGCCUCCUAUGGCGAAGCCGUUGAGGGAGCUGGCAGUGGAAGAGAAGUAUCCAGUGUUUUCAGUGCCGGUCGAUGAGGAAACUAACAAAGCCGUGGUGGCGUUCGUCUCUGGGCUUGUCCUGCUCAUCUGCCUGGUGUUUAUCUGUGCCAUGUGA